CCAGGGAGGGUGUGUGAGAGUGUGUCCUAGUGUGGCACAGCCGCUCACUCUCGGCUGCUCAAUACUUACUGUAACCCACCAGCAUCGUGUGUCGGCUGUUGACACUCAAGAUCUGUGUCUGUUGAGUGGUCACUUGUGCAUACCGGGGGAAUGAUUCUUAUUCUUUUAGUGCUACAGUAAAUGACAGUACUAAAAAAAAAAACAUCAAUGUAUUCUCUCUCUUUCCUCUGGCAUGAAAUUUGGGUCAUUCAUUUUAAAGGAUCAUUAAUUCCUAAGUUGCUGCCUCCUCUUCGCAAGAUUUAUGGGUGAACCUUUGAAGGAAAAAAAGUGAUAAACCAUCGAAUUUUUUUUAUAACCUCUGACAUAAACAGAAAGUUGGAUAUAAGAAAACAGUAAUAAUCUUUGUAUAAAUAAUCCCAUUAAUGAGUUAACAAUGUGUCUGUUUAUAAUUCAACUGAUUUUCGUAAUGAAGUGAUUUUUAAGGACCAUCAGGGUGGUGAUUAAGACCUGGUGAAGAGGUUGUAGGAGAAGGCAGUGUGCCGUCAGGAUAUAUGUGAUCUAGUGAACGGGGCCUCCCAGCUGGUCCAGUUGGCACUGGUGAAUUGUCCUAAUGAUGGUCCAGCUGGUAGAGUAAUGGCCUUGACGGUGGUCCAGCUGGUAGAGUGGUUGGCCCUGACAGUGGUCCAGAUGGCUGAGUGAAGGGGCCCUGACGUAGUAGAGUGAAGGACCCUGAAACUGGUCCUCUUGACAGAUAGACAGGGCUAACCAGUGAUCUCAGUGACCGAGAACUUGGUCACUAGUGGUCCAGCUGGGUCAAGGCGUUUGAGGGCACCCAACCACUGUCAACCACAUUACCAUGACGGCAUACAAGUUGCUCGUUCUCAUGGCCGUGGUAGUCUGCCUGCACGCCACAGAGGAAACUGAUGUGCUCGCUCAGCUGACGGUGUUGGCCAAUGAGACGGUGGAGGUGCCCUGCGACCUGUCCACGCGGGGGAUGGCUGACGUGGCUAUCAUAGUCCUCUGGUACCGAGGGGCGUCACCUGCACCCUUCUACAGCUACGACCUGCGACAGACGGGCGGGAGACACUGGAGCGAUGAGACGGUGUUUGGUCAACGGGCACAGUUUGACCUGAAGGUGAAUCCCCCCAGCCUGAGAGUGAGGCCAGUAAGAUCAGGAGACCAGGACACUUAUCGCUGUAGGGUUGACUACGAACACGGGCCCUCCAAGACCUCCACCGUCCACUUGGCUGUUAUUGUGCCUCCGUCGCCCGCUGUGGUCACGGACGAGAGUGGAUCUGUCGUGGAGGGCGCCGCCGGUCCUUACCUGGAGGGCGGUAGAGUCGUUCUCACCUGUAAAACCAUAGGAGGCCGGCCGUCACCCACGUUGGUGUGGAUACGGGAAGGGCGAGUGGUGGAGGAUUCGUACACGGUGGAUCAUCGCGGCCAGGUGAGGAACUUACUCCAUCUGGAAAACCUCUCUCGGGACUACCUCGACGCCACCUACAGCUGCAGGGCCACAAACAACAACAUCACGAGGCCUCUUGACACCUCCGUUACCAUCAACAUGACACUGGCUCCAAUUACCAUCUCCCUGGUGAAGGUGGCAGGUCCUCAGGAGUAUGUAUCUGCCGGAGUGACGGAGGAACUCGAGUGUUCCUCCGCCGGCAGUAGACCUAACCCCGUCAUAUCCUGGUGGAGGGACGGCCAGCGUAUUACCAAGCCCAGUGUCAAGCAGGUACAGCUGGCCAACAACACACUGUCGACACUGCGGAUGAUUCCUCAACCUAGUGAUCACGGAGUCGUGUAUACCUGCCGUGUCGAGAAUCCUGCGCUGCCCAGCUCCGUCCUUGAGGAGUCCUACAAGCUCAACGUCCACUAUGUGCCACAGGUCGACUUGAUGAUGGGAAUGGGACUGAGCCCAAAGUCUGUGAGAGAAGGAUCUGAUGUGUUCUUCGAGUGUCGUGUGGAGUCCAACCCAAAAUUUUACAAAAUAGUCUGGCUACAUGAGGGUAACGUGAUGCAGCACAACGUGUCUGGGGGCGUUAUAGUGUCCAACCAGACGCUCGUGUUGCAGAGGGUGGGGAAGGACCGUACGGGGCGCUACUUCUGCAGGGCCACCAACCUGCACGGUGAGGGGGUCUCCACACCCAUCACUGUCACCAUCAUGUAUACGCCCGUGUGUUCAUCAGGGCAGCAACUGGAGUACCAGGUGGCGCACCACGACACAGCCAACAUUACCUGCCGGGUAGACGCGGUGCCAGACAACGUCACCUUCACUUGGAAGUUCAACUCGACGGGAUCGUUAUUAGAGCUGGGGCAGGGGCGAGCGGCGUCCUGGGGCACUACCAGCGUCCUGCCCUACACCCCAGGCUCCCCCGGCGACUUUGGCCUCCUGCUGUGUACCGCCACUAACGCCAUCGGCACACAACAUGUACCCUGUGUUAUCAACGUCACUGCCGCUAAGCCCCCUGACCUGCUGGAAGGCUGCGUCAUACGAAACCAGACGACCCACUCCGUGUUCGUGUCCUGUAAGGGCGUGCCCACCGUCCUACCUAGAACCUUCAGCAUGGAGGUAAGGAACUCUGAGGACCUACACUUAGUGACGAAGGUGACCAACACGACGCCUCACUUCGUAGCCUCAGGACUGGACCCGGGUACUGCCUAUACCCUCCAUGUGGCCGUCCACAGUCCUAUGGGAGCCUCAUCGCCCAUCAAACUGGAUGCCUUCACUGUCAAGACUGCUGAGAAGAGAAUGGGCAUCAGUGAACCAGUGGAGGAGGUACUCGGUGUGUCGCCCUUGAUAGCUGUGGUGGCUGGAGCAUCAGUAGCCAUCGUCAUCACUUUAGUUAUUAUAUUGGGUCUCGCUAUCAAACACUGCCCUAGGAGAAGACCCCAGCCUGAGGUCCCUGCUUACGCCCAUGGCUCUCUGGUCUCCGAUACCUCACCUAAAGAGACCGUCAGCACCUUUAGUAGACCGUCACCCAAUUCUGAGGACCGCAACCCAGACCUAAUCCCACUCAAAGAAGAGUGUGACUACCAGUUGGAGGAGUUACGAGUUCCCAGCUGUCAGGUGGUUGGAGGGGUACCGUCAUGUCACCAGCUAACCUCUUUAGCACCAACCAUAGGUGUGCCUACAGCGGCGGUGGUGGUACCAUCUGUGGGCAGCGGUGUAGUAACCAGCUGCCAUCAACAACAAGACUGGGACGCUUAUUACCAACACCAGUUACAUCACCACCAUCGCCACCAUCACCAUCACCACCAUCACCAACCACCACCGCCGCCACCACCCACCUCUCUCGCCUCCUUCACUCACCAUACCUGCGAGACACCUCCUAUGGCCGCCAACAGACCCCCCAGAGAGAACCGUGAACAAGUCGUGAGGUAUUGGAAGAGAGAAAACGUGGCGGAUGUACAAAGGCAGUAGCGUAAAGUGGUCGGCACAACACAACACCCCCCCCCUCCCUCCCACCCACCA